AUGUACGCCGCUCAGAAUAUAACGCCAACAGUUUUGGAUGCCAUGAACGGAAAUGUUUCCGAAUGGUAUAACGAAUGCGACAAUGCCAUUAGAAGGUCAGAAAUAGUUCCUGGAACUUACGAAUAUACAACUGCUGUUUCUUAUGGAAACGUAGGUGAGUUUGGAGAAGGUUCUUCAACAACAGUAGAUAUUGCUUGCGACAGGUUUCAUAUUAUUUCUAUUGACAACUCAUUCUUAUACGUGGAACAAGACAUUGAAAUAAAACCUUCUGCCAAGUUGUCUGACAAGAAAGGUUGCAAUGGAAUUUUCUAUGUCGGAUACCAAUAUGCUCCAGAAGUUUUCAUGGGAUAUAAGAUAUAUUCUAACUCUGACUUAGUUCAAACAGUAACAUGGGCAAACUAUGAAUGGUUCGCUUUGAGAAACUCAGUACAACCACAAGCUAGAGAACAAACAGACCAGUAUGCAACUAUUGAGAAAAUAAGAAGACUUGACCCUAACGUUCCAGGAGUUUAUGUUAACCUUUCUGGACAAACUGCAGCAGCAGUAACCAAAGUAAAACUGAAACUUAGAGUUCCUUUGUCAUCUUUCCUCAUCUUCAGGUUUUUAAGAUACUUGCCAAACUGGGCAGGAAAAAUUUCUAUCGAACUUACUCCAAGCAAAAAUAACUUAGUCAUUGCACCAACACAAGACCCAUUCAGCAUUACUGUAGCUGGAACUGGUGGAGCCAAGUUCUGUGACUUUUGCAAAGACAAAGUUGACUUAGACUUUGGUUUCUCAAACCUCAACACUGAAGUAAACUAUUAUUUCAAUGCUGCUGGAG